GGGCACAGUUUUCUGUUUUUCUUUUUGUAAAAAUGUUAGCUGUAUUUCGAAUUUAACCACUCCGAACACUCGUUUAAUGGGACAUGUUGUAGACAAAAUAUCGCCAAUCGGAUUACAGAUGUGUCUGAAAGAGUGCUUGGCUAGAUCUAUUUGUGCGUCCUUGAAUUUCUACCGAAAACAAUUACAAUGUGAACUUUCCUCAUCAACUGGCGAUUUACAUCCUACAGAUAUAGUCCAGGACCCUGAAUAUGUGUAUGUUGAGAUGAAAAAAGCACCAAAGAGAUAUUUUGAAGAAUGCAGUGAAUCUUGUUCCUCCGAGAGUAAAUGUGUGAAAACAGCUUCAGGUCCAGUCUGCGUCAAGUCAGAUUGUCCUCGCCUUCACCCAGACAGAGGUAAUACUUCUGUAGUUGUGACCUCCACCGCUGUAGGGACGGUUCUGAACUAUCACUGUUCGAAACUCCCAAAUGUAUAUGUGUAUGUGUCCCUGAAUUCUACUUGUCUCCCUAAUGGAACAUGGACAUCCCAGCUGGAACUCUGCUCUAUGAUUAAGGAUUGCUUAAACUUUUCCUCGUCAUGUUGGUAUCAAUACAACGUUACCGUGGACAACUCUUGGAAUAAUUGCUCUGGAGGCAUAACAUAUAUCAGAAAAACAGCAUAUACCUCCAUGCCUCUGGUCGCUGUAAUGCUCUGCAACAGUACCAGAUACAAAAUCUUUGGAGGACAGAGUUUAACAGACACUUUUCUAAAUAUUGCUGACGGAUCAGGCUCGGGAGCGGAUCACUGUGAAUUGGUGGGCGGAUCUGAGGGAAAUGCUCACUUAGCUGGCGACUAUCCGUACGCACCAGUAGUAACAGGAUAUUAUCACUCCCAUUUUGGGGGACAAUUCAUGUACGGAGACGUAAGUUACAGGAUCAAUUCCUACUUUUACAAUUCCUGGUACGAGUGUGGAGUGACCGUUCCUUGAUCUAAAUAUCAGCAGGAAUUUAUGCAAUAUACUUUAAAUGAUUUGCACAGAAAUGAUGUUCAAUAUGUGUGGUUGUUUACAAUUUUGUCAUUUAAACUGAUUAUAAAGUUUUU